GUUGAAGUUACACUAUUGAUGGUGGACUGCGUUGAUGAAUAUUCGUAGUACGACGAAACAACAUCUUUAAAGAUGUGCACUAUCCAUUUAUUUAAUUUAGAAAAACGUUCCCUUUCUUUCUCUGCUAUUUGCUGUUUUUCAAGCUAAGCAAGGUAAAAAAUGAGGCAGAAAACUUUCGUUAAAAAUAAUUUUUUUUUAGUGAAAUUUUAAACUAAAAGUCUAAAGACUAAAAGUAAAAUCUAAAAAAAAAUUGAGACUUCUUAAUCAAUCAAAUUAAAAAUCAUUUAAAUAUUUUGAUUACCAAUAUUUUAAAUUAGGUAAUCUACCACUUCGGGGUUGGUUGUUUAAAAAAAAAACCUGUUGUUCCUGUUUGGAGUGCUAUUAUUUAAUUUAAAGGGUUAUUAGAUUAGUUAUUCUUUUAUUGAUGUCCUUCAGGGCCAGCUUGGUUUUCACUAUUUUCAGUCUGUGCCCAAGGGGCAGUCAACAGAGUGCUACUGAAAUGUUCAGAAUUGGAUCUUUGACAAAAAUAUGUUUGGAAUUAGUGUUUCCAGGCAGCACUACAAAUCAUGUUGGCAGUUGGUGGCCUACCCUGGUAGUACUGGCGCUGUCAUCACAAAUUUUUCAGUCUUGGUCUUCCGUUUUCAAAACUGUUGAUUUAGAGGAGCUGUCAUCCCACAACACACUAAACAUUAGAACUAAUUUUAACACGAUUUCAAGUUUAAAAACAAUGUUUAGGCUUUCGGUAAAGACGAAGAGCAGCAUCUUAUGAAAUUAUUUUUAUGUUAGGUUAUAAACUUUUUUCCAUACGUUUUUAACAAAAUAAAAUGACACCAAUAGUAACCAAAACUUUGUUGUACAUUGUUAUUUUACCCCCCUCAUUAUCUUGCAACACACCAGUAACAAUUAAUUCCCCACCUUAUUUACAACUAUGACUAUACAGUGUAAAUUUCCAUAUGAUAAGACUGUCAACUUUGAACUAUAUUAAAAAAUCUGCUUCAAUUUUUAAACAUGGGUUCUUCUUAAACAUGAAUGAAAAUGUAAGUAAUUUCAAGCUUCUCUGACUAAUUGAAAAAAAUUAUUUACUUCAUGCCAACUCCCAAUGAAACAUCUUAUGUUUUAAAUUACCUUUAGGUUUAGCUAAAUAACUAUUUUUUGCCAUGUAUACAUUAUAAAUGGAUUCAAAUUGUCAAGUAAUUUUAAUGAACUAAAUUAACAUUUAUAGAUACUGUUGAGUUGAAUUUUUUUUAAUUGAUGUACCACAUGGUGCCUUGGGCCAUCUCCCCCUGUAUGGGGCUCAUGAUCUGUUUACAGGAUUUCAUUUAUUAAUCAGAUCAGAGUUUUACAUAUUUAUGAUAACAUUUAUAAUAAGCUUUCAAUUUUUUAGUUUUCCAACAUAAAUUUUUCAUAAUACACUGAGGUCAAAUAAUUCAGACAAACUUUUUUAUUUCAAGUUAAUUGUAUCUCUGUUAUAUUUCAGAAUCACUUCAACAAUUAUGGCUCAAUAAAAAAUGCGGCAUGGGCCUGCCCAUCCAUGGGCCCCUAGCCGCCAGUGAGUGAGGAGGAGAUGCUGUCUUGGGAGAAGGAAUGUGUCGGAGCUGAGUUUGAAUGACAAUACACUUAGAUAGUGCUGUCUAACAACAUCAUUGCAGCUGAGUUUGGAUGACAAGACACUGAGAUAGUGCUAUCACAUCAACAACAUUAGUAGCCUCUUGUGCAAAGUUAAAGAAUAUAUAUGAGAUUAUAAUCAAUCGGCUUUAAUUUGAUAUUUAUAAUUUACACGGUUUAGAUUUCCACAAUGCCUUUAAUUCUGUUGGAGAAAGAGUGUGGCGCAAAGUGCAGAUCGAGGAAACAUGUCCAGGAAAUCAUAUCGAUGAUCGUUCGGGGCAGCCUCAGGGAAUUUCAAGCAUUCUCAAAUUUGUGCUACAACUGGAAUCGGCUGACUGAUGUUUUCGGCCGCAGUGCACUGCAUGUCGCUGCCUCGUGUGGAAAAACUGAAAUUGUGGAGUGGCUUCUUGAGGAGAAGAAAGUUGAUCUGACCCCCAGGGACUCGGAAUCUGGGUACACCGCCCUGCACAGGGCAUUAUUUUAUGGUCAGCUUAGUUGUGCUAGACUUCUUGUACAGGUAGGUGUGAUUGGCAUUUAAUAUUUUCAAUAGAAAAAUAUUUUGACUAAGGUUUAUUAAAUGUUUUAUCUUGCUUAAAAGAAAUUUCCAGUUCAGCACCGUAGAAAUUUGUAUGUUUAAGGGACUGUACAUUUUAUAGCUGAGAUAACUGGACAUAGUGAGAUACUUGACGUACUGAGAAAACUGGACAUAUUGAGAUAACUUGAUGUGCUGAGAACUUGAUGUAGUGAGAUAAAGUGACGUAGUGGUCAGUUCUCUAUAAAAUUCUUAACACAAGAGUAAAGUAAAUUUAUAAAUGAUAAAAUAAAUAUAUUUGAUUUGAAUCUUAUAAUAUGAUUAAUUAGUCACUUUUUUUCAUGAACUAGACCACUAAAAGAUUUCAAGUUAUCAUUUCUAGUUUUUUUGUUUGUUUUUUUUUCUUCUUAUAUCAGCUAAAACUGCUUAACUUUUAAAGCCUCUGAAUGUGAUUUUUUUUUUUUUUACAUCCUUCUCAUCAAAGUAUAACUGUGACCUGCAAGUUAGGGAUGUUGAAGGCUUAAGUCCCUUAGAUAUAGUUAUGUUGGACAGACCCCCUCAUGUCACAUACUCUCUGAAAGGUAAGUUAAACAGUCUGAAAUUUCAUCAUGGCUUGGCUACUAUCUAAAUUUUCUGUGAAAACUAAAUAUUCAAGGAACAUAACUGAAACUACCAUGUAUUCAAGGAAAAUAACUGAAAUUAUACUUGUAUUGGUGGGUGUGUUUUGCUCCAGUGGAAAAAAAAUAUUUAAACUAUUUAGUUUCUUGAACCAUCAGAGCCAAAUGAGGUGUACACAUGGGGUGAGAACCACAACAGCACUCUUGGCCACUCAAGCCCCCACAAGCGGAUCACGCCGGAAGCCGUGGACAUGUUCAAGAAAUCUGGCACCUCUGUCAAACAGGCAAGACAUGAUCAUGCGUGAAUCAAUUAUUUUCUUUCAAGUGACUUACAAAAUAUUUAUGAAACAAAAUUUAUAAAAAGAAAACAGAUUAUAACAAAAUUUCUUUGAGAGCAAGAACUUUCUUUUAAUAAUUUUUUUACUUUAACAUGUUAUGGUAAAUAUUCAAUGACUUUAUGAAACUUUAAAAGGAUAACUUUAUAAUGAUAUAAGAUUCAUUGCUUCUUGUAAAUAAAAAUGUGCAAUGGAUAUUGAGAUACAUCUUGAUAUCACAUUGCCGCAUCUGUUAAAGUUUUAUGUUUGUCUUCUGUAUUUUCAUCUAACUUCUAAAAUCGUGAAUAUUUAAAAACAAAUAUUUUUUUUUCAAAUUAGAUUGUCCUUUGCAAGUAUCACAGUGUGUUUCUCUCACAAAGUGGUCAAGUUUACACAUGUGGCCACGGCCAUGGUGGCCGCUUGGGUCACAGUGACCAACAAACUGUUUUGGUAAGUGCUUGUUAGACAAUUAAUUUUUUUUUUGGCCCCAGCUGCCAACCUGCAAUUUACAAUAUUUUUAAAAAAAGUUAACUGAACGAAUGUAAUCCAAAAUAAGAUGUUGACAUCCUUAUUGUAGUACUGCGACGUUGCCUGUCAUCAAUGGUAGGGGUGUGCCGGAUCCGUUUUUUCCAACCGGAUCCGGAUUUUCUUAUGCGAAAUCCGCCGGAUCCGGAUACCGGUUUCUCCCGGAUUCCGGAUUUUGGUACUAUUGGUAGAUACUUCGGUAAGUCAAGGUGGACUACUACUUUUUGUGUAUGGGAAUUCGCAAUCGGCGCCAAAAAAUCCGAGUUUUUAAUUUUCCGAUGUGUGUGUCUAUUUAUUAUUAAAUUAGUACUUUCGAUAUAUAUUUGAGUUCCGUUCCAUUUGGAUAAGUGUCUUACGAGAGACGCCAUGUUUCUACGCGUUCGCAGCAGGUUAUGCAGCUCGCUCAACCUAAUUUCGCCAUGGGGUUGGCCACGCCCCCCUUUUUAAUGGCGGAAGUUGACGAUACUUAGGAAAUAUUAAUUUAUUAUCACUAUUUACAUCAAAAUAAUUGAUAACUUGUGUUUCAGAAUGCAUUUAAAGACAUUUAAACUGGAAUGUUUUAAUUUGAGCUUUAACAACCCGGUAGAAUCCAUAUUAUAAAUGAUCAGAAUUUACCGUGUGCAACACGUUGUCAUUGGCAACCAUUCACAGCCACUUGCAUAACUGUAUCGUAGUACUACCUCAGAGUUUCAUUCAUAAGAGUUUGCCGUGUGCAAAAACUAUUAAACCAUUGGUCAGGGAAAGCUUUAAUUAAUUAUUCAUGUGCCAAAGUUGAAAGUUUAAACUAAGUCUAAACAGUAUUUUAGUGAUAAGGCAGGGAAUGCGUUGCCUUAUAUAAACUAUAUAGUCAUUGCGCAUGACGGGAUUGGCGGAAUGAGAUCACAGAAUGUGGAGAUGCAGUCCAUGUUAAAAAAUGACAAACCAAGUCGUACUUUAAAAAUUCAUAACUUUAAAACUACAACAGCUAAAAAUAUGAUUUUGGUGUUAUAAUUCUUUAAAAAAUUACAUCUUUUCAACUAUGCCAUUGGUUUAUUUUUACAAAAAGUUUACAUUUUCUUAUCAAAGUCCCUACACUAUUGGCCACUAUUAGCGGUGCUGACUCUAGCCUCUGGUAUGUACGGAAUAUUAAACAUUAAACAAGCUCAACGCUCGAAACAAUCGAUUAAUGUAUCGUGAUCGUGUGAAAUUCGGGAAAGAGAAUUACUUUUAUUUCAGAUUAUGAUCCGGUGAGUCACAAAAUCUGGAAAAUUCCGAAAUCCGGUAUAUUCCGGAUUCCGGUUGUUCCGGAUACAUGUAAAUCCGUCGGAACCGGAUUUCACCGGAUAGUGCAAAAUCCGGCGGAACCGGAUUCCGGACCGGGGUCCGGCACACCCCUAAUCAAUGGUGAGAUGUAAGGAUGUUGUGAAAUUUGUUUAACGGAUGUGUUCCUGGGAUAGUGUAAGGGGGGAGGAAAUGCAUUUCUGGCCAUUGGAAAUGCCUGAAUCUGGAGAUUGGGGGGGGGGGUGUGAACAGAUUUAAUGAGACGGUGCGUGUUGUUUAUGUUCCCGUGGGGAAUUCUCUGGGAGGAGUGGGGGGCCUGUGGUGCUGCCCCUGUUCGCCCAUUCAGGAAUGUGUCGCCUGUUACAUGUUACAAAAGGGAUAUGGCCUUGGAUGUUGAUUUUCCCCAGACUGCUCUCAAAGGUUCUUAUGUUGCCAGCUUUACACCCAAUGCAACUGCAAGUAUUUUCUUUAUUAAAAUAUUAACUCACUGGGGCAACUUUUCAAAAUAAAACUUUGGAAUUUGUUUUUUGUUAAAUAUUAUUAUUGAUUUAUUCUUUGUGGGAGGGGUUUGCACUUAAUUUUACAACCAUUAAAAUUUACCUGGUAUUUUUUAGGUGCCUCGGUUGCUGGAUAGUGUAAAAGAACACACGUGUCUGGAGAUCGCAGCAGCUUGCGACCACACUGUGCUAAGGAUGGCAGGGUAGUACAGAUUUUUAGACCUGCAUUUUAGAAUCUCUACUGGCUUUUAGAAUCUCCUACUGGCUUUUAGAAUCUCCUAUUGGCUUUUAUAAUCUCUACUGGCUUUUGGAAUCUCCUGGGUUUUCAACAAUUUAUAACUCGUGACGACAUGACUUCUAUUAUUUACAUAAAUUCUUUUAGCUUUGCUGUAUAAUCUUCACUAGACUUGAAUAAGACGAGAUUUAUUAUUUUUAAUCUGAUAAUCUUGAUCCUGUUUAGAACCGCCAAUUUAAGUCCUAACAAGGCUCUUAUUUUUUUCACAUAGGCUUUGCAUAUGUCAAUAGAGGCGUCAUCUAUAAAUACAGCUUCAUUUGUACAAUAACUCCAUCCAUAAUACUACUAAACCUACAAUAUAUCUUCAGCCUUAUUUAACAUUAAAGUAUCUUUUGUUUCCGUCUGUCCAGUGGCCUGGUAUACACAUUUGGACUGAACUCCUGCCACCAGCUUGGCCAGACGCCUUUUGUAGAGACCAGCCCAGAGCCGAAACAGGUAAAAGAAAUAAUGAAUCGUUAUUGUUUCAUUCAGGUACUCAGAAAUUCUUUUUAUCUAUUAAUGACAAGUUUCUUUGAAAAAAAAAAUGUUAUUUGACUCUUCCGCACAGCAAUAUAUACUUUGGACAAAAGAUUAUGGAUGCGCAAGAAAUUUUAAGCUUAUAUCAGAACUCAAGAAAAUGCUGAGGAAAAAUUUGUGUCGGGGGAAGCCUAGAAAUGGCAGAAACAGAGUUAAUGAUGGAACGUAUCACAUCAACUUUAGAGUGUAAAUAGACACUGACGCUUAUUGUUUUAGGAUUUCAAAAAUAUCCAGACUUAAAAAUAAUGGAAUGAUUUUAACAUUAAACAUUUUUUUUAAAGGUAAUUCAAAUAUUAAAUGGUGAUUAAUAUGACUUUUCAUUCAUUUUUGGUCCUUACAUGUUUAAAAUUUUUUACCUUUUUGUGAGGGAUUUUUUGUUUGUUUUUUUGUUGAUGUUUUGAUUCCUGAGAUUGUCAUGUAUGUGUACAUGUUAGAACAGUUCAAUGAUUGUGUGUUUGAAACGUGUUCCCCCAGAUGAACCUGAAGCCACUGAAAGGGAAGAGCAUCAGUGGUGUCUGUGUGGGACGCUUUCACACUGUUGUCUGGACACCGGACAGUGUGUUUACGGUUGGCUUGAAUGCUGGACAGCUGGGUAUGUUUUAUCAUGUUUUUUUUUUUUCUUUUGCACAAAAACAAAAAAAAGAUGACCAUGAUAAAACAUGGUCAUCUUUUUUCUUUUUUUUUAUGUGCCAGACAUAAUUUCUGUUUUUGUUUUUGUUGUAGUUAUAGUAUGAUUCAUAGUUGUCUUGAAUGCUGGACAGCUUGUUAUGUUUUAUCAUGUUUUUUUUUUUUCUUUUGCACAAAAACAAAAAAAAGAUGACCAUGAUAAAACAUGGUCAUCUUUUUUCUUUUUUUUUAUGUGCCAGACAUAAUUUCUGUUUUUGUUGUUGUUGUAGUUAUAGUAUGAUUCAUAAUGAGGCCGUUGUCUUCAUUAUUACUAAAGGAUAGAAAGGAGAAUGAAAUAGGAUUUACAUUCCUUAUUAGUGAAGGCUAAUAUUUGAAAUUGCAAUUGAACUAAGAAUGUUGGAGAAAAAAUAAAGAAAAGGAACCGCGUUCUCUGACGAUUUAUUUUGUUCUUCUGUUGUAUCUCUAUUUUCUUUGAGAGCUCCACUGAAUUAUUUUUGUUUUCAUAUCAUAAAGCUUCUCAUAAAAAAAGCAAAAAAACUUUUUGGAAGACUAUUUUAGGGAGGUUUACAGUGAUUCAUUACUACUGUGUUUUGUUUACAAUGCAGGUCACCAAAGGGGAGACAAGCAUGUAUCGACCCUACGUCAGGUGUCUUACCUCCGGCACACUGACAUUGGCAUUGCCAGGGUGGCCUGCUCAGAUGCCGCCACCGUUUGUCUGACCACAAAAGGAGACGUCUACGUCCUGCACGAGUAUCAGUGCAAGAAAAUAGCCUCUAAGUGAGAACAGAAUUUCACAUAAAUUACUACUACUUGUACUUGUUUGUUGUACCGCACAUAAAUUACUACUUGUACUUGUUUGUUGUACCGCACAUAAAUUACUACUUGUACUUGUUUGUUGUACUGCACAUAAAUUACUACUUGUACUUGUUUGUUGUACCGCACAUAAAUUACUGCUUGUACUUGUUUGUUGUACCGCACAUAAAUUACUGCUUGUACUUGUUUGUUGUACCGCACAUAAAUUACUGCUUGUACUUGUUUGUUGUACCGCACAUAAAUUACUACUUGUACUUGUUUGUUGUACCGCACAUAAAUUACUACUUGUACUUGUUUGUUGUACCGCACAUAAAUUACUACUUGUACUUGUUUUUUGUACAGCACAUAAAUUACUGCUUGUACUUGUUUGUUGUACCGCACAUAAAUUACUGCUUGUACUUGUUUGUUGUACCGCACAUAAAUUACUGCUUGUACUUGUUUGUUGUACCGCACAUAAAUUACUACUUGUACUUGUUUGUUGUACCGCACAUAAAUUACUACUUGUACUUAUUUGUUGUACCGCACAUAAAUUACUUUGUGUUGAUUCUAUGAAGGAUAUAGUAAAAGAUACCAUAUUUUUCAACAGCAUGUCAUUGUUGAAAGCUUUUUUUUUCCUACACCUUUCUUUAAGUUAAAAGGUUAAAACUUAUGUUACAAUCACCAAAUGUGUAGUCUACUUCAUAUAUAUUUCACCUGUAAAACUAAUUGAUUGUAAGACGGCAGGGUAAAAAUGUUCAUUGAUCAAUAAACAGGUGGCAAGAAAUUGAACAGGUUUUGGUAACGGGCGGCAAUCUUGACCAUACCAUUGGCUUUGAACUUCUCACGGAAACUGGAGGUCAAGGGUUGAGAAUUCUCAUGAAGAAUGAAUCGGGACAGGUGCGCUUCUACCUUUAUUUUUUUUAGUUUAUGGAUUGUGCAAGAUUAUGCUCUAAUAUAAAUAGUUUACAUUAUCUUUUAACAUUGAUCAUAAUACAGAAAGGGCACGGAACUAUUUUUUCCCCCCACCGUUCUUAAUUUAGCUCUUCUUGUGGUGGAGCAGCAGCCCGAGUCUGAAGCGUUGCCAGUUUGGCUUGAAGAGGCAGCUGUGGGUGUCUGAUGUGGCGGUGACAUCGACGAGCCUUAUCCUGUCCACCAACCGAGGUGAGGCGUUCAUGGGCUACCUGCCUAACAAGAAGCUGGCGGCCGUCACGAAGGACCCUGACGUUAAACACAGUAAGGAUUUCCCCAAAGGUAAAGGUGUUACCCAACUGGAUGCAGUGUUAAGUUUGAUUUAUUUUAUUAUUUCUGUCAUCCGUCCGUCACAGUGUGACGAUGGUGUAGAUUUCAAUGCGAGCCUAAGCUGGUUCCCUGGUCAUCAUAUCACCCCUGACCCAGCUGUUUGCAUUGUUUGAUAACUUAACUUUUUAUUUUUAUAUUUAGAGUGGCGUAAUUUAAUAUUAUAAUUAAAAUUAUUCAGAAUUUCCCUUUCGCCUUAAUACAAAAAUGAUGAAAAAGUUAUUACAAAAGGAAAAACCCAAACAAAGAAAACAUGGACCACACCUUGCACUAGAUUGAGACUUGAGCCCUUUGCUUGGUUCAUUAAAUCACUUCAGUAAAUAAACUGUUAACAAUAAAGACAUACGCAUUACAAAUUUAGAUUAAUCUGGUUCUUAAAUUCACGCGUUAAAAACCUUCACGGGUCAUGCGUGUGUUGAUAUUUAUUUUCAUUGUCUGAUACCAGACUGCGGGGAUGGCUUCAGUCAGCCAAGACUCCUUGAUCUCCUGCUGAAAGAUGAAGUGGAGGAGAUCUCAGUGCGGCGCCUGCCGUUUGUACACAGAGCGGUUCUCGUGUCUGCCGAUAAGAAAGGGAGAAACUUCUCAGUGCUGCAAGCUCUGCCCAACGGAUGGUUAAUUUCUGGAUACAUACUCUUAUUAAAUUUAGCAUAUCCCCAUUUUUCUUUACAAAUUAAUUUUAACUCGAGAGAGCUUGUAGAAUAUUACCAGUAAUCUAAAAACUUAAGUAUUUCUUCUCAUGUGCUACAUUUACUUUUUUAAUGAUAUGUCACGACAUAUUUUGAUAAGUUAUGGUUUACAAUGUAUAAUGUACUUCACAAUAAAAAAAUUCUUUCCAUUUCAUUUUGUGUUUUUAGUCUGUCGGAGCUGCCGUCAGUGAAUUCAUCAGAGAUAAAUGAGCAGUUUGGCCGUUUGUGUCGGGAAGCUGAUCUACAGGAUAACAUUCACGAUGCUGUCAUUCAGGUGGUUUUGAUCUUCUAGGUUUAGCGUGGGAUACCAUGCAAUGGAAAACUUAACAGAGUUAAUGAAAAUGUUUUAAAAAAUUUUGGGGGUAUUAAACCAAGUCUUUUUGCGAUGUGUCGAAUUGUCUUUGAAAGUAGAAAAGGUCUUGUGAAGUAAUGUUCAAAAUUUCUCGUCAAACAUCAUUGAACUUUAUUUUGCGAGAUUUGUUCCUGCACAUCAGCUAAAUAAUAUCAACCAUAAAAUAUUUAUUAUGGCGUUAUCAAGACAUUUUAGUUAACGAACCGAUAAUGACGUUUACCUUGUUUUCUUGUCCACCAGGUGGGGAACAGGACCUGGCCUGUGCACCAGUACAUCAUAGCCUACAGGUCGGAUCACUUCCGCAACAUGGUUGCUGCUGCCGGCACGGCACCCAGGGGAGAGAAACUUGUUCUGAAAGUCGACCAUGUUGGCGCUGACAUAAUGGACCAGUUGAUCAGCUUCAUCUACACAGACAUGUGUGACUAUCUGCAGGUAACCAUCUCUCCAUACACACUCACAGGUCUACACAGACAUGUGUGACUAUCUGCGGGUAAUCCUCUCUCCAUGCACACUCACAGGUCUACACAGACAUGUGUGUCUAUCUGCAGGUAACCAUCUCUCCACACACACUCACAGGUCUACACAGACAUGUGUGACUAUCUGCGGGUAAUCCUCUCUCCAUGCACACUCACAGGGGCAGUUUCUUUACCUUAACUUAUACAGUUAUUUUUAAGUCUGUUGUAUAGUUUGAAGUAUAAAGAAUAUAUGUAAAGAUUACACAUAAAGAUUAUGUAAAAAGAGUAUGUUUAAAGAAUGGAUAAAAGAUUAUGUGUAAAGAUUAUGCAUAAAGAUUAUGUUCACCUCACAUAGUUUCUUAAUUUGGGCAACCUUAUUAACUGAAAUCCAAAAUACACAUUUUUGUUUUUUGUUUUAAAAGUUACAAAGCUCAACAUUUGAGUUCUUCACUAUUGAGUCAUUGUAAAGAUUGUAAGUAUUAAGAAACAAGUAUAUUCACUUCAGUUGAUUCCGUGAUACCUGGUCUGGAAGCUUCUUUGCCCCUUGUUUAACUGUCCUGAUUUCAAACUUCAUAGCUGGGCCACAGAGUUCUAAGCCAAUCUCUGACCACAGAUGAAAGAGACGCACCAGGCAAAUCCGACCCAGUCGGCGAUGAUGCCGACCUGAUCAUCACCAAAGGGAUGUCGGCCUUCCAAAUCCAUCAGAAGCAGAACAGCAGAGGGGGCAGGAAAGAGGGCAACAAGCCGGGUCAGGGCGAGGUCAAGGACGAGUCAAAACUGUCCCAGAACCCUGUCAAGAUGCUGCAAGAGGCGGCGAGAAGAUUUGGUGUCAAAGGCUUGUCCAAAAGGUGACAUAAAAUUUAUCGACAAUGAAUACGACCUGGGGCUUUAGGAACCUUUGUUUACAUUUAAUUUUUUUUGUUCUUAAAAAAAGUAAAACUAAGCUCCCUUGUUGUUUAAAUGUUGAACUCCCGUAACUGCUUAAUAGUUUUAUUACAGUCUAAGUUUUAGUUUCUUACAUAACCUUGUCAGGCCCAAAAUGUAAAAAAAAAAAAAAUUUUUUAGAUGUUUAAUAAAAUAAGAUCUGUUGUUAAGUGUUUUUAAAAUAAUAACAAGCCAGCCGCCCCCAGGAUUUAAAAAAAAAAGAAAAACUGGACAUUUCCUAAGAUUCUUUUGUCUUUUUCCUUUUUAGGCUAGAUGCAGUCAAGUGUAGCAGUCAUGUGAUCAUGUCCCAAGGCAAGACUUUAGCCAAGCCAAAGGUCACGUUUGACAGAAGUAAACUGUAAGUCGGCCAUUUAAAAAAAAUGUCAUUUAGGUGCGGUGGAUGAUUUUAAUUUUUUGGGUGAAUUUAUGUCAUUAGUCUAUUCAUUAUAGCCUCAACAUUAUGACAGUCUGACUUCUUCUGUGUAAACUUUGUAGCAUUGUGAUUUAUAAGUCGACUGAUAGUUGCUCUCUGAAAAAUAUAAUGAUUGAAAUAUACAAUGAUUGAAAUAUAAAUGAUUGAAACAUAUAGGUGAAUCAAUAAAUACUUGUAAAAUUCUGAUUGCGCUCGACCGCAGAAAGUAUUGUAUUGUCCCCACGCAGCCCAGAGCUCUACGACGUGGCCAUCAGCAGUGAAGACGGGGAGGAGAUCCAGUGCCACAAGUGCAUCCUGGUGCCCAGGCUCGAGUACUUCUACAGCAUGCUGUCCACAGGCUGGGUGGAGACCUUCAACACCACGACCCUGACCCUGCCCGUGUCUGGGAAGGUUCUGGAGAUCCUGAUUGACUUCCUGUACAGCGACGACGCCCCAAUCCUCAGAGGUGAGCUGAAUGUGUCGUUGUGACGUCGGGCGUUUAACGCGGUGGUGGAUGUCCCAGACCAAUAAAGUCAGUCAGAGUUAUGGGACCUAAGUGUUGCGUGUAGCCAAGCAUAGUGCUCGGCUUGUUUGUCACUUCAGCGCAGAGCUAUUUUUAGGCAUUACCACUUAGACUUGGCUCGUUAGUAUGACCUUGACAGUGACGUCACCGAGUAAAUGUGGCUGUGUCAAUCCUUCCUUUGCCCGCCCACUUUUUGGCUGGGAAAAGGUUGGUUACAUUAUGAUGCGUUCCAUUUAUUGUAAAGCAUACCAUUAGGAGACAGCAGUUUCUGAGUUGGUCCCUAUAGAUAGGCUGCAUGCUUUUUUAGCUGCAAGACUUAGAGAGGCAGAGCGAGAUUUAGAUAGACAGCGAGAUUUAGAUGGAUGGCGAGAUUUAGAUAGACAAAGCGAGAUUUAGAUAGACAAAGCGAAAUUUAGAUAGAAAGAGUGAGAUUUAGAUAGAAAGAGUAAAAUUUAGAUAGAAAGAGUGAGCUUUAUAUAGAAAGAGUGAGAUGUAGAUAGACAGUGCAAGAUUUAGAUAAAUAGAGCAAGAUUUAGAUAGAUAGAACAAGAUUUAGAUAGACAGAAUGAUUUAGAUAGAGAUAGAUUUAGAUAUAAAGAGCGAGAUUAAGAAAGAGCAAGAUUUAGAUAGAGCGAGAUUUAGAUAGAUAGGGUGGUAUUUAGACAGAGUGAGAUUUAGAUAGACAGCAAGAUUUAGAUAGACAGAGCAAGAUUUGGAAAGACAGAGCAAGAUUUAGAUAGAAAGAGUGAUAUUUAGACAGACAGAGUGAUAUUUAGCUAGAAAGAGUGAUAUUUAGACAGACAGAGUGAGAUUUAGAUAGAAUGAUAUUUAGACAGACAGAGUUAGAUUUGGAUAGACAGAGCGAGAUUAAGAUAGAAAGUGAGAGAUUUUUGCCUUGCAAGAUUCUGUAUUGUUGUGUGUGGAAACAAACAUUUGUAUUUGAGGAUAGCAACUUUUUUCACUAGUUGUAAGACAAUAGUUUGUUUCGUUUCUGUUCUCAAAUUUGUAUGUGUAUGAAAAUUUAUUUUUUAUAUUAUUAAAUAUUGUCAGUAUCACUAGCUUUUGUAUCAUUUUUUUUAACAUACUGUUCUUCUCAGUCCUUUGUUAUGGAUUGUUUAUUAUACAAGCCAAAUAUUAUCACAAAUUAAGUCUUCCCAACGGUACGUGACACAAGCGUAAGAAAAUCAUGUUAUCGUAAAUCUAUGUGGGGGGUUUUUUGUUGUUGUUUUCUUGUCAUUCCCAUAAAAGUAUGAUUUAGUCGUUAUAAAAAUUUCAGCAAUAACGAUUUCGUAUUUUAGACCAAUUGUCGCGUGCUAUGAUGACUCGGUACACAUUGGAUAGUUUUCAGAUUGAAAGUCCGUCUUCUUGCAACAGCAUCCUGUUAAAAUAUACUUCAUCACCUUUAAUUUUCAGACUGUACCAACGAGGAGUUGCUGUGCAAUGUUCUGGUGGUGGCCGACCAGCUCCUGGCCACAAGACUGAAGGAGAUGUGUGAGGUGGCACUGGCCAACAACAGUAGGUUCAACUUUGGUUUUCCCACUUGGUAACGAUAAGUCUGUAGUAAACCGAUAAGUCUGUAGUUGACCGUCAAUAGGAGAUUCCAUGAUGUCAUUCAACAACUUAGAUUCCAUAUCAUUCAACAGGUUAGAUUCCGUGUCAUUCGACAGCUUAGAUUCCUUGUCAUUUAACAACUUAGAUUCCGUGUCAUUCAACAGCUUAGAUUCCAUGUCAUUCAACAGCUUAGAUUCCUUGUCAUUCAGCAACUUAGAUUCCAUGUCAUUCAACAGCUUAGAUUCCUUGUCAUUUAACAGCUUAUAUUCCAUCUCAUUCAACAGCUUAGAUUCGAUGUCAUUCAACAGCUGUCUCUACGAAAAUUAUAAAUGAACAAUUUUUAUUUUUACAAAUUAUUUGUAAAAAUAUUCAAUUUCAUUCUUCUAAAAAAAAAUUUUGGUUUCUAGCAAUGCUGUGUUUGUGAAGUUGAUUUGGCCUCACACCCCGCCACCCGUUUUUUCAUCCAAUGUCCAUGCAGAUCACUUGACUUUGUUCCCAUUCCAGUUGCCUUUAAAAAUGUUGGUGAGUUCCUCGAGUUCUCCACCGUGUACAACGCCCAGCAGCUGAAAGCAGCGUGCCAGCAGUUCAUCUGUCUCAACCUGCCCGCCGUCCUGGAGGCAAGGUAAGACUCAAGCUUUUUUAAAGUUUUUUUUAUUUAUUUAUUUUUUUAUUUAAAAAAAAAAAUUCCCCAGAUUUUUUGGGGACAUAUCUUAAAUGGUAAGACCACCUAAACUGGAGUUGGCUGAGGUAUUUUACUACCCAAGAGUAACUGCCUUAUUAGGCCAUUGACUCAAUUCCAUUUACUACCUUAUUCCAUGGAACGUAAAAAUGAAAUGACUGAAAUUGAAACCUGAGAAGCAGGAAGUCAUAAUGUUGACUUAGGUUGACCAACGGUCUUUGGGCCCCCCCCCCCAAAUAAAUUUUCAUGAAGUCGGUAGCCUCCCGUUCCAUAUGAACUUGUGUGUACGGUACACUUUCAGCUCAGCCGGUGUUAGGUCAUGGUUUUGCUUGUUAAAAAUAAAAACCUUAGUUCUCCCAUCGAUUGUUAUUACGACUGCAAUUAAGUGAGUGUAAUCUGCCUACUUCAGAUGCCUGGAUGUCUUGAGUCCAGAGACUAUGGAUGAACUGACAACACACUACAAAUCUGUGGUAGGUCUUUAAGUAGCUUUCUCUCAUUCUUACAUUAUUCUUUCAUAGAAUCGUUUCGUUCAUAACCUUUCACAUAGCUUCAUAACUUCUUUGUGAGGAGAUAAUCCUUCACCGCUGAGGCACUUGAUGUUCUGUCUCAUUAUGAGAAGAUCAUUGACAUGCACUUUAACUAGUCUUAGAUUUUAUAAAUUUCUUCUAUCCAGGUGUUUUAAAAAGUGUGCUGCCAUUUUGUCUUCAGAAGUGCAGUUUUUAUUUCUUCCUACAGCCCAUCAAACAAUGGUUGCGGCAAUAUGUGAACCGCCCCUUUACUAAAGUUAUUUUGCAAAAUAUGCAUACGAGUAACGCACUCAAGAAGAAUCCCAUUUAGUGCUAGCCCGCCCACCCUGGGUGUUUUAUCGCAGACUUUAUCCAGACAUUUCCAUGUUCAUUUAUCCGCCCAGAUACCGAACAUGGUUUACAGGGUGGUGACCCCUGACACAGACGGCCCAAGCCAAGCCCGCCUGGAUGAUCUGGUCUCAGAGUUUGACAGCGUCGAAGGAGACAGCCUCAUCCAGCCGGCGGACCCGGGCUCGGCCAAGAAAGGCAAGCAGGUGAAGAAAAAGAACAAGGCCAGGAAGAGCUCCAGCGAUGACUUUGAGAAGUCUCCGUCCGCCGGAGCAGCCCCCGUGACGAUCCCCAGGGUGGACAGGGCCGUCUCACAGGGCUCGGAUGUCAGUCUGAGGUCAGAGGAGGAUGCUGCGGCUGUAGUUGAGGAGCUCAAGAAACAGGCAGAGGAGGAUGAGAAGGUGGGAUUGGAAUGUUAUCUUCAUGUUGUUGUGACAACAGUAGUACUGUGGUGUAAAAUUGGGAGGGGAGAGGGGGGCUGGUUAUACAAUCUAUUUAAAAUUGUAUACCCGGCAAUGGAAGAUGUUACACUCUGGGAGUUGUUGUACCCUAUGGGACCUGUUGCACUUAAUGGGGACUUUUAUCAUCCACAGGAGAUGUUAUAUUCUUUGAGAGGUGAUAUAUUCUGUGGGGGUAGUUCUGUUCUGUCAGAGGUGAUAUGUGCUGUGGGAUGUGUUAUGUUCUGCCAGAGGUGAUAUGUGCUGUGGGAUGUGUUAUGUUCUGUCCGAGGUGGUAUGAGCUGUGGGAUGUGUUAAAUUAUGUACUUUAUUGGAGAUUCUGUACCUUAUGAGAGAUGCAAUACUUUAUAAGUUUCUCUACCAUUUGGAAGAUGCUAUACUUUAUAACGGGAUCUCUACCCUAUGGAAGAUGCUGUAUCAAGUUGGUGGUACCCUACAAAGCUUACCUAAUGGCAGAUCUUGCACCUUUUAGAAAUGUUAUUUAUUAUUUUUUUAAAAGAUUAUUUAUUACAUUAGACAGUUACAAAUCAUUUUGUCAUUUCUUCUACUGACACAGAAGCUGCUGGCUCAUGCCGCAAGGAGUAAAGAGAAUAUGAAAUGGAGACCUCUGGAACUUGCCUUUGAAAAGAUGACUCCCAGACUGUCAGCUCCAACUCAUCCAGAGGACGUCCCACAGUGGAAUUCCAACUACAAAACCUUAUCACGACCCGUUCAACAACCAAGGUAGGAAAAUGAGUGCGUCGCUGAGGAGUACUCUAAGAAAUUGUAAAUACUGAUAUAUGAAAUGGUUCAUUCCUAGUCAGUCCGCAUAUUAAAUUAGUUUUUAAUCUACCCGGCAUAAUUUCAGGGUUUAGGGUAGUAGGUCUUGUAAGGGGAAAUAAAAAUAAUUUUCACGUUAAAAAAUCAAGAAAUUGUAAAUACUGAUAUAUGAAAUGGUUCAUUCCUAGUCAGUCCGCAUAUUAAAUUAGUUUUUAAUCUACCCGGCAUAAUUUCAGGGUUUAGGGUAGUAGGUCUUGUAAGGGGAAAUAAAAAUAAUUUUCACGUUAAAAAAUCAAGAAAAUUGUGAGGAGAGUAAAAGGCUUCAAACUGAUCAAUAUGGGGGGGGGGGAUCAGGCAGGGUGGGUCCAUUUUCAUCGAAGCCAUUGCCUUCUUAUUCGUCCGAUUCAUUAAGUCACUGAAGUCAUUUAAAUUAAUGUCGAAAUCUGAUUUUUUUUUUCACUGUCACUGCCAGAAUCAUUAAAUGGCGAACGGCCAUGGGGGUCUAGUUCUUUCAAUUGCUUUCAAAGCAAUUUUUUUAAGGGGAAACAAUUACCACUGGACACUCUUUGUUUAAGCGAGUAUGAAAGUAAAUGAAGUAAAAAAAGGCGUUCUUUCCUUAGAACUUAAAAUAGUGUUGCGCAGUGGAUUUUCCGCUUUGCUAAGCAACAUAGUAAACAACCUCAAAACGUGCUGGUAUUGCUGCAGAUAGGAUAGUGUAAAAAAUGGGUGGUAUGCGCUUGUAAAGGGUUAAUGGCUGUGCUUUCUCAAAUAUUUCAGUGGUGAAAACGGCUCAGUGUCUACUCCGAGGGGGUCCGUCCCAGACAGGUCCACGACCAGCCCAGCCUCCCCGUCGCUGAUGGCCACAAGUCCAAACAGUCUGAGGGACAUCAUGCUGCAGGAAUCUAAAUCUGCUGAAAAGUAAAUGGAAGGCGUUCAAAUAAUGACUUUGUUCUGUGUCGGCUUUACCCGACCGUUUGCUAUGAUUGUUUUAACUUACUGUUUUUGUUGUUUUCCACUGAGAAUGUUUCCCAGUCCCUGUAAAUGUAACUAUGCACUGUCACACUGUCACUGUGCACUGUCACACUAACUGUGCACUGUCACACUAACUGCACUGUCACACUAACUGCACUGUCACACUGUAACUGUGCACAGUCACACUGUAACUAUGCACUGUCACACUGUAACUGUGCACAGUCACACUGUAACUAUGCACUGUCACACUGUAACUAUGCACUGUCACACUGUAACUGUGCACUUUCACAGUUACUGUGCACUGUCACAUAUCAUAUAAAACAAAAAUUGCUGUAAAAAUUUUGAAUAAAAAAAAAUAUUUUAAUUUAUCUAUAAGUUCUUGUAUCUUUAAUGAAAUAGUAGAACAAGGUGUGCUGAAACUUGAAUCAAAAGACACGAUGAUAAUAUGAGAACGUUUCGGCUUAGAACCUUCGUCAACAGACAGGACAAAUGAAAGUACGACAAGAAGCAGAGCACAGUAUUGACCUGUCUUUCGGUUCAAGGCCUCAACAUACUUUAUUCUACUAUUUCAUUCACGCAGCUUGAAUGCAGUCCUUCAAUUACUAUCUUAUUUAAUUUAGCAUUAUAAUAAAUUUCUUAAUUAUCAUUCAUUUGGGAAAUUACAGUUAUUCUCUUUUUGUCGUAAGAAGAAAUUACCACAUAUGCCGGCAUAUAGGACACAGCUGAGUGUAAGAUGUACCCCUUUUUUAGUCUGACUAAAAUUUCAAAUUGUGUGCUUUUAUGAUUGCUGCAUAAGACCCGCCCCAUGUUUUAGGCAUAUUUUGACGGGGUUGGGGGGGGGGGUGCAUUCCUGUACGCCUGCAUAAACAAUACUUUUUACAAUAUUUACCCAUUAUUUGAAUUAAAUAUUACAUGUCUAAUUAUGUUUUUGUUUUUUUUUCCUGCAAUGCCAGAACUAAAAGCAGUUUCUCUAACCGCAUCUCUUGGAAAGAUGUGAAGAAACAGCAAAGCAAAGACUCGAAAGAAAAGCACCAGAAACCGGUCAGCUCAGAGUGGACAGAGAAGUCUGUUGUAAACCCUUCUCCCAAGGCGGCCGGCAAUCCAUGGUUUGUUUUUGAGUUGGACAAAGUGUUUUUGUGGUCAACUGCAGAGUUUUCUUCAAUGAGAAAGUGGAGGGGGACGGGGUUAUCUUGGAUAGCCCCUGGUGGGACUAACCUUGAUUUCUCCACACUCAAGCUGGGCGAUAGGACAUUAAUGCAUGUUACAGUUAUACUGGGACUUACUGGUCAUAGGAGGACAUGUUACAGUUAUACUGGGACUUGCUGGUCAUAGUGGGACAUGUUACAUUCAUAUUGGGACUUGCUGGUCAUAAUGGGACAUGUUACAUUCAUAUUGGGACUUGCUGGUCAUAUUGGGACAUGUUACAGUCAUACUGGGACUUACUGGUCAUAGGGGGACAUGUUACAGUCAUACUGGGACUUACUUGUCAUAGGGGGACAUGUUACAGUCAUACUGGUCAUGACAAGCAAGGCCCUUGGGCUUUUGCCAAGUUGGUCACACCCUAACGCCUGGCCAGACUGCCACAUUACUGACUCAUGGUCACCACCAUUAUUACAGGGCAUCUGUUGGCGGUGCGGUCAAGUCCCUCAGGGACCUGAUGAUUCAAGAAGAGAAAAUAGUGUCUGCUCCCGUGGCCAUACCAGCGCCGAGUGCAGGCAGCCCGAGGAAACCUGCCGUCACCAGCAGUGUCAGCAGCAGUCUGGGUUCUUACGGGAAGUCGCCACCUGUCAGCCUGGCCAGGUAAGUUGUGUGCCUUGGCCCAUUAUGAAUUUCUUUGUUCAAUGUUUAAAAUGUGUUAGUCUUUGUGCAUCUGUGCAGACAGAUUGGAUUUUUCCACCAAGUUUUUAAAAAAAAUUUUUUAAACAUUUAUUGAUAAUGAGACAAUGUAGACUUAACUAGAACACUUGCAGAGUUGAAUGUUUGCAGAUAUUCAGGUGGAGUAAGCACAAAGUCAUCUUGUCUGGAAAAAACAAAACAAAAUAAAACAUAUUUGUUCUUGCUUUGUUUUUAAAAUUAAAUUGUGUUGUUCAUUGACAUGGUAUCCCAUUGAGGCGGUCAUAGUUUUCUAUUCGUUUAUCUCUGAUGAAAUUCUCUUCUCAUCAGCUGGGGUCUUUCAAAGUCUUCUGGCGGGAGCGCCGCCUCGGGGGUCGCCACAAGCACAUCCGCGCCCUACCAGGCCUCUGCCGGGUCAGAAAAUCCAUGGCAGCGUCGUACGGUCAUAGCAUCUAGUCCACCCGUCACGGCCGCGCAGGCCACCUUAAACUUUUCAGCCAUUCUUCAAGACGAGAAGGAAAAAUCUGAAACUCUUGUCCGCGCCACACAGAAACCCCUGGCACUGAUUCAGGUGAAGAACAAAUGAAGUAGAAUUUUUGUUUUCAUACCGCUUUAUAUCCCCCCUGUCUUUUAACUAGGAGAAGAAUUUAAACAGUUGAGUGAUUCAUGUGGAUUUAAUCAAUUGGUAACACAACUUUAUUUUAUUUUAUUUAAUUGGUUACUUUAGGCUUGGAACACUCAUUAUAAUUUAGAACCAAACAAACAUCAGGAUUUUUUGGGGGGUAGUUUUGCAUGAUAAUGAAACAAACCCUAAAACCAAAGUUUUCGUACUGAUCCUUUAUAAAAAUUUAAUAUUGAGGAAGAGGGGGGGGGGGGGGCUGAAAAUUUGACAAAACAUAUGCACUCAAGUAUACUUUAUAAGAAUCCCAAUUAGUGCUUGACCGACAUCCCCCCCCGGCUUGCAGCCGCACAUUUUUUUCAUGCCUCAGUACUAUAUUAAUACUCUAAUGACCCACCAGCUUUUACACCGCAGAUUCAUUUCACCUACCAUUUCAGAGAAACAAAAGAUAAUAUAAUGCACUUGCCAUAAUUUUUUUUUUAAAGCAGCUCAUUUAGUACAUUUAUUGGGAAUUUAUUUUGUGAAAUCAGUGUCAUCAUCUUUUAUUCAUCUUCUUCUUGAAAAACAGAAAAAGGUUAUUUUUGUGGGUGGGCCAGAAAAUUUGAUAGAAUGUUUUACCAAGGUUCAGUUUGAUACCUUGAUGGGAAGUAGGUCAAUUAGUGGUUCUGAAGAUUUUGCCAGCCACUUUAGUUAAGUAGUCUACAUAAGUAGUGAUGCUAUACCAGAACCAUUGAAUUGUCAAUCUUGUAGAAAAUUGUCACCUCUGUUAAACAUGAGACAUCAUUCUAAACUAUUUAUUUCCUGUUGCUUACAGCUGGAAGAACAGGCCAUGAACGAACUGCUGAGUCACUAUAAGGCAGACAUGGACCCCGACAGGUACAUCACCGUGGAGAGGGUCAGCAAGGCCAUGGCCGCCCCGUUGUGGCACAGGGAUGCCAGGCCUUCUGGAGCCAGCUUUUUGUGAUGGCCAAUCGGCUGUUAAGUUUCUGUAGAUUUAACCUGUAGGGUUCUUGCAUGAUUUUUUUUUUAAAAGUUAAUUUAGUUUCUGCUUUGUUUUAAAUGUCAAACAAAGACAUAGACAUUGUCAAUGAUUUUUGAAGUUGUUAAAUAUACAAAAAAUUAAAAUGUCCACCUGGUGAAUUACUUUGCAUUUAGUUUGUGGCCACGUUAGAAUCAUAUACAUUAUUUUGAUGUGAAGGCUGAACAUAUUUCAAUUUCAAAGGCCCCAGUUUUGUAAUAAGUCCUUGUUCUUGAAGAAUGAGAAGGACUAAAUCAGGUGAUAAAACUUGUAGAUCUGUGCAUGGCGAAUGAAAGCUUUAGAAUAGUCUGAGCGUAAGUUUGUGUAGAUGCAGGCCAGAGCCCUGCAUGAAUGGUCAGCCAGAGCCAUGCAUGAUUGGUCAACCAGAGCCCUGCAUGAAUGGUCAGCCAGAGCCAUGCAUGAUUGGUCAACCAGAGCCCUGCAUGAAUGGUCAGCCAGAGCCCUGCAUGAAUGGUCAGCCAGAGCCAUGCAUGAUUGGUCAACCAGAGCCCUGCAUGAAUGGUCAGCCAGACCCCUGCAUGAUUGGUCAGCCAGACCCCCCUGCAUGAUUGGUCAGCCAGACCCCCCUGCAUGAUUGGUUAGCCAAAGCCCUGCAUGAUUGGUCAGCCAGAUUUUUUCAAGAACUUGACCUCCAGGCUGUGUAAUUAAAUCAUCUGCUUAAAACAUCUUGCUCUCAUAUGCUUGGAUUUUUUUUCCCCACAGAGUUGAAUGAAUUUUAUUAAUUGAUACCAAAUUGCUUUGUAAAUCAACAUAGUUUAGUUUAUAUUAGUAAAUUGCUAAAAUACUUGCAUCUUCAGAAAUUGAAGAUGGGUCUGACCUACGAUGAAUUGGUCUUAUUUUUAUCUGGACAUUGAAAUAUUUAGUUUUGGGUACCUGUGUGUGUGAUGAAUAUGCGAAUUUAAGCCUCAGUGAGUGUUAUUUUUAUGAGUUAUCAUAUGAUUGUAAGCAAUAAUAAUAGUAAUUAUCACUACUGAGGUAUAAGAAAAAGAUGGGUAUUGGCUGAUAUUAAAAAGAAAAUCUUGUUGUGCCUUGACUAAAAAUGUUUUAAACCAACAUCGAGUUAGCUGCGGUUUAAUCAAUGAGCUGGUUCAGUUGUUGUUUUUUUAUAGCUCAGGGGGUUGUACUUCUUCCCCAAACAAAGUGGCCUUCCUGUGGUGACAAGUCCAUCUCAACGAGAUAUUUGACCCUAUCUGGGGACAACCCAUGGCAAGUCCAUCCCAUCCAGCUAUUCGACAGUAGCUGGGGACGACCCAUGGCAAGUCAAUCCCAUCCAGCUAUUUGACCAUACCUGGGGGCAACCCAUGACAUGUUUGAACUAACUACAUCUGGGGUUAGAUAUUUAAUGAAAAUGACCUGGUCCUGCUAAAAGGCCAUCCCGGGCAGUAUUAAAUCUCCAGUGGUAGAUUCAAGUUCAGGGGCACUGACUGGGAUGCAUGCCCUGACCGAUGCGUCAUGUUCUAUUGAGCAACAUAUUUAUUUUUGUAAUUCUACCAUUGCUGGAUCUGUCACUGAUCGUCACUCAAUUAACUCAAUGCUAUAAUUUUGAGUUAUUUCUGGAUUUCUUAAUGCAAAAAAAAAAAAAAACUGCUGAAUAUGAAUGAACUAGAUUGUUCACAAGUGGUUAUCUUUGUACUGCAUUUUUUGUUAGUGGUUAUGUUUAUUGUGUAUAGUGUGAGUCAUGUGCAAAAUUAAUUAGUGUCAGUAAUGUGUAAACAAACAGCUUAUGCAAGAUGCCACAUGAAAUAUACAAAGAUGUUAUAAUACAAUGUAAUGUUAUAAUACAAUGUUAUUUUAUAAUACAAUGUAAUGUUAUGAAAUCUCUCAUCUCAUAUGUUGUUUUACAGAUUCCAUGUUAAGAUGUUUUGUGAUGAUUUAUUUAGUUGUGAUAAAUCAUGCAAGUGGAAGAAUCAUAUCAUCAUCAUCAGCCCUCCCCUUUGCCAGCAGCUGUUUUAAACGAUUUUUAAAAAUAUCCCAAUAAUAAUUUUUUGUUUUGUUUUUAGAGUGUUGGUUUUACAGUUACUGUAACGUUUCUGACCUCUGGAUAUUUUUUUUUAAUAAGCAUCCCAAAUACUAUGGCAAUGGCCAUAUCCCCAUUGUUAAUGUUGUGUGUAUCAUAAUAACAUGAAAUUAUGAAGACUUUGUUCAUUAAAAAUUGUGUUGAGACUUUCAAUGCAUUAGUGAAGAUAAUGGAUGAGUUGCAUUUUGUUGUAAAUAUCCAUUCAUGUGGACAUUUAAAUGUGUACAUUUAAAAAAAAAAAUGUGUUGUUUUUUAUAGUAUAUUUUUUAAUGUAAAAUAUACUGGUGUUUACUGACGUUAGAAAAACAUUUGACUUAUUCUUAUCAUAUUACUAUGCCUCAUCUUUGUCAUUGUAAUCUACGGGUACAUCAUGACACCAGCCAUGUCCAGUUAAUGGGAUGUGAUGUACGGUACAUCUGUUUGGACACAUUGUUGUCAAAUGGAAGCUGACUUGUCAGUCAACAGGGUUGUUUUAAUCCAGCGGUUCUCAACCUGUGGGUCGCGACCCGUUUGGGGGUCGCACGACCCUUUCACAGGGGUCGCCUAAGACCAUCUGGAAACACAUAUACUCUACAGUUAUAAUUGUGUCGUUGGGUGUCGUCACACACGAGGAACUGUUAUAACGGGUCCCGGCAUUAGAAAGGUUGAGAACCACUGUUUUAACCCAACUGUUCCAUUCACAUUUGUAUUUAAUGUCUUUG